CCUGGUAUGGAAUGUGACAGAGGAGGAAAGCCAUUGGUUGUUACUGUAUGAGCUGGUUCCAACUUUCGUUUUCCAUUUCCUUACGUCAGGCUCAGAAAGGAUACUGAUCUCUAUAUAAAUAAAAGAGACUUCAGAAGGGCAGGACGCGACCGUUAGUAGGAAACAAUUUGAAAUGGAUCCUUUUGAACAUUUUGACAUCAUCUCGGACGAGGAAGUCCAGGAAAUUAAUUCUGCACUAGAAAAAGGUGACCUUUGUAAAGCAACAGAAAGACUCAGUGAGUCCCUAAAUGAGAUUGAAAAUGCCCCUUUAAACAUCGCUAUAACAGGAGAAUCGGGAUCAGGAAAAUCGACUUUUGUCAACUCCAUCCGUGGCAUGGAUGAUGAAGAAGAAGGUGCUGCUAAAACAGGUGUGGUGGAGACCACGAAAGAGCCAAUACCUUAUCCACAUCCACAGUAUAAUAACGUGACAUUUUGGGAUCUUCCUGGGAUAGGAACUCCAAAUUUUAGUCCAAGCAUUUAUCUCGAGUCAGUUGAGUUCAGUCGAUAUGACUUUUUCAUUAUCAUGUCAUCGGAACGCUUCAGACACAAUGACAUGCAGCUGGCAGAGCAGAUCCAGGCCAUGGGGAAGAAGUUCUACUUCGUCCGAUCAAAAGUUGACUCAGACUUACAUGCCUCUAAAAUACGUAGGAAGAAGACAUACAAUGAAGAGAACAUAUUGGAUGAGAUUCGGCAGAACUGCAUUGACAGUCUCCAUGUUGGAGGAAUCAAUGAUCCACACGUCUUUCUCCUCUCCUGCCUGGAACUAGACAAGUAUGACUUUAACAGAAUGCAAGAAACUCUACAACAGGAACUUCCAAGUCACAAGAGACAUGUGUUCCUGCUAUGUCUGCCCAACAUUUCUCGGCCAAUCCUAGAAAGGAAACGAGAGGCACUGAAGAAGGAGAUCUGGGGAUGGGCCACACUUUCCUGUGCCGUCGCUACAGUCCCUGUUCCAGGCCUGUCUGUAGUUUGUGAUGUUGGGAUCUUAGUGAAACAAAUGAUAAAAUAUCAGAAAGCUUUUGGCCUGGAUCAGUAUUCUCUCCAGAAAAUGGCCAACAAAUUUGGUAAAGAUGUUAGUGAGUUGAAGUCUGUGAUCAAGUCUCCUCUAGUUAUUAAAGAGAUAAACAAAGAGCUCGUCACCACUUUAUUAACAAGAGGGCCAACUGGAGUUCUUAUGGCAGUUGAAUAUGCAGCCAGUAAUAUCCCGGUGAUUGGCACCAUAGCAGCAGGGAGCAUCUCAUUUCUUACCACUUAUUGGAUGCUUCGGGGCUUUCUAAAAGAGAUUGCAGAGGAUGCAGUGCGGGUUGUCAGGAAGGCUUUAGAUUCUCCUGUUUAGAAUCCUUUUUUUCCUCAAUGAAAUACAAUGAAUUCAUUCCUACAAAUAAUUUAUGUGUGUGUUGUGGGGGUGUAUUUAUAUAUAUAUAUAUAUAUAUAUAUAUAUGGGAUCUGAUUAGAGAUGAGCGGAUUCGGUUUUACUCGGUUUUACUCGGUUCUCAAAACGACAUCUUAUUGGCUCACGGAUGUCAUGUGUUUUGGAUAGCCAAUAAGAUUCGGUUUUGAGAACCGAGUAAAACCGAAUCCGCUCAUCUCUAGAUCUGAUCACCAUACCGGCAUUUGGGUUGCCGACAGUUGGAAUACUGAUACCGGAAUCCCGACACUGGUCUGCAGACAAGCACAGGUAUCCCGACAUUGAUCACAAUUCUGGUGGCGGAAUCCCAACUGUUGGCAUCAGGGCAGUAGAGAGCCUGGCCAGGCCCAAGUAAUUUUCGGGGGGCAUGGCCUAACCACAGGAAGCAUGGCCCU